AUGUCUCGCUUCGUCAUUUCUGGUCCUGGUGGAGGUGCUCCAAACCGCCUCGAAAUCAGAACGUUCGUCCAGCAUGACAAGUAUUUCUCGCUCUACAUCCAAGCUCUCCAGCUUAUGUAUACGAAAGAGUCGCAGGCCGCUCUCCAAUCUUUCUUCCAAGUCGGGGGCAUUCACGGCUUGCCGUAUAUCCCUUGGGAUGGCGUGACUGGUAUCCCGAACCCUACUUGGGGUGGAUACUGUACUCACGGUUCGGUUCUCUUCCCCACUUGGCAUCGCCCUUAUGUUUCCGCGUUUGAGCAAAUUUUGUGGACCCGCGCACAAGAGGUUGCCGCAACUUACACAGUCGAUCAGGCGGCCUGGAAGGCAGCUGCGACUACGCUUCGUCAACCUUACUGGGAUUGGGCAGUCAACUCCGUACCACCUGAUGAAGUGAUCGCCAAACAGACGGUGUCCAUCACUGGUCAUGACGGAAAGAAAAAAGACGUUGCUAACCCUCUUUAUCACUAUACAUUCCACCCAAUCGAUCCUUCUUUCCCCACACCUUACAGUGGCUGGAAAACGACUCUCAGGCAGCCCACGAGCUUGCAGCCCGAUGCCACCGAUAACAUUGCAAGGCUGAGAUUGGUCUUGAAGAAUGCACAGUCCAAUAUUCGCUCAAACACUUACAAUCUGCUGACCAGAGUCACCACUUGGCCCGCCUUCAGUAACCAUACGGUUGGCGAUGGCGGAAGCACCAGUAACAGUCUCGAAGCCAUUCACGAUGGCAUUCACGUCUACGUCGGAGGUAACGGACAAAUGGGCGAUCCAGCCGUCGCAGGCUUCGAUCCCAUCUUUUUCUUGCAUCACUGCAACGUUGACAGGCUGCUCUCUCUUUGGAGCGCACUCCAUCACGGUGUUUGGGUCACACCAGGUCCUUCCCAACGUGGGACCCUCACCAUUCCCGCGAACUCUACCGUUGACACGAACACGAACCUGACGCCUUUCUACCAUACCCAAACCGCGUUCUGGGCCUCUGCUGGCGUUCCCGACACUACGAAACUCGGCUACACGUACCCUGAGUUCAACGGCCUCGAUACAUCUAACCCUGCAGCCGUUCAGAAAGCCAUCGCCGCUAUCGUCAACAAGCUUUACGGGAGCGCAGUGUUCGGCGUUCAAUCCGCACUUGUUCAGGAGCCCGCCGCAGCUGCUCAGCAACCCGUCGCAGCCGCUGCACCCUCCGCACCCUCUGCAGACGAUCAUCACCCAACUAUUCAGCACGCGGGCCACGGCUACCCUCGGGAUUGGACUGCGCGCGUCGAGUUCAAGAAAUUUGAGACUGGCCAGAGCUUCUCCGUCCUGCUUUUCCUGGGUUCGGUUCCCGAAAAACCCGAAGAAUACAUCACCAGCCCCCACUUUGUCGGCGCUCACCAUGCGUUCGUCAAUAGUGCCGCAAGUCACUGCCAGAACUGCCAAAAUCAAGCGGAAUUGGUCGAGGAGGGUUUCGUUCAUCUCAGUCGCGGAAUUUUGCAAUACGGAAAAUUGGAGUCUUUGGACGCGGAGGUUGUUGAGCCUUACCUGACCAAGGAUUUGCACUGGAGGGCUGUUAAGGCCGACGGUAUUACCCCUGUUGAAAUCCCCUCUUUGGAGGUCAGCAUCUUCUCGACCCCAUUGACUUACCCACGUGGUUCAGCCUUCCCCAUCGCUGGGAACACUAAUCGCCACAGCGGGAUCACUCAUGGUCGUCGUGGAGGGAGUCGCGAAUUGCACCCUGGCAAUCAUUAAACGGUGUUUGAAUGAAAGUGUUGGGCGGACGUCAAAGAAGUGAUCCUAAGAAAUCUGUACUUGUAUUCGAUGAUAUUCAUUACGCCGCAGCUUCGUCAAAGUAGUUUGUAUUGCAGAGAAUUUGAAACACGAACAAUUGUCUUUUC